AUGCGCAUCCAAAAGCCGAACAAUCUAUCCCGCUUAAAAACGAAAGUUAGCGUAGAAGAUUUUCAACGUUUUAUUAAAGAAGUUAACGAAUGGAUUAAAUGGUUUGAUUUAUUUUUCGAUAUUUUCGAGUAUGUUAUCAAAUGGCUAGGUGAACGUGGCGUCGAAAAUGCUAUUGAUUUGUCACAGACUAUGCAUAAUAUAAGAACAAGUCCAACAAUAACUCUAAAAGAACACAGAGAGGUAGCAGCAAAAGGAUUGAAAAUACUGGAACCGCUCGAAAAUAAUAUUGCACGACUUUAUGAUUUAUUAAAUCAAUCAGAGUCUUUUCAAAUCAUUGUGAGCGGUACGCUGGAUGAUAAAAGUAAUGCGAAAAAAUAUAUACAAGAAUUGAAACGAUUACAACCUAAUAAUACAUUUACCGUUGAAAAACACAAGACUUUUACAAAAACAAUUCCGCUAAACAGUCGUCAACAUGUUUAUUGGUCUAUUGCAAGUGAUUGUCAUGAAUGCAAUCUUCAUAUUUCACAUAAAAAGAAAUCGUCAUGCAAUCAAGAAGAAAUACUAUUCGAGGGAGAAAAUGUUCAUGUGGAAAAACACGUUUUGUCGGGUGAAUUUGAGAUUCAGCACGAUGGUGACCUAAAUAUACAAGUUAGAAAUAGUGGACAAGCGCCACGUACCAUUUGGUUUCGAAUUAAGCAAAUCUCCCUCCUGCCAAAAUUUAAUUUGUUCAAUGGAAUAUUCAAAUUCUUCUACGAAAAGCAACGUAAUGAAGCUCAAGCAAUGAGUGAAGAACUGGUGAACGAAUUACUCGCUAUGCACGUAUUUCCACUGAUAGAUAAUCUCUUGAAAGGAAAUAUAAGUUUACAAGAAAUGGAUGAACUCAAAGAUGUCUUUCGUGGCAACAAUAUCUCCUUUCAAGAUGAACUGAUGAAGUUAUAUACUAAUCAACGGAUUGGUGCAUCACUUACCAAACGAGAGCGACAUGGAGCAGCAGAUGCAGAUACAGACAUUAAGCAAAAAAUCGAACGAGUUUGUGAAAUGCUACAAAGUUAUCAAUAUUACAGCUGUAUAAUUGUCAGAGACAAUAUCCAGAUUAUUAACUUAUGGUUAUCAGUAGAAGAAACCAGUGUUUUUGAUAAUGCGCUUAUUACGAUGGAACAUUUGUAUAAAUGUGGUAUGGUGCAUAUCCAUUUACGGCAUCUCUUGAAUGAACCAGCUAAUCUUGAAAUUGACUACUUGAUUAGUAAAAAUCAAGGAAUGGUCACUCAUCGACCUGAUAAUCGUAAAUAUGAAAAGCAAGAGAGCUACUCAAGUGAUAGUGAAUCAGACAAGAAUAGUGAUUACGACGAUGCCAGGCAAGAAGACGCUCAUAAUAAUGAAGAUAAUUCAGAUGAAGAGAGUGAUAACGAUGAAAACGAAGCACAAUUAGAUAAGGAUAAUCUCAAAUUUACAUUAUCAAAGGCGGAUAUUGACGAUCACAAACGUCAAUUAACAUUUUGCAAAGUAGAUCUAGAUGAAGAUAUGAUUGACAAAAGAAAUCUGCUUGAUGAACAAUUGACAUUGUUAAAACGGAUCGAUGAAAUAUUUUCAUUACUCACUAAGUUAGUAAUGGAUGGUCAUCCAGCUUAUCAACUGAUGGAUAAACACAUCAAAAUCAAUUACCGAGCAAGUGAGUGUGAUGAAACAUGUUGA